GUAUUUUGGUUUCACAAGGCGGAAGCGUAUAAUUUACUGAAGCUGAACGUGUUUUAGGAGAAAACGUUGUUAACGAGGAACAACGCGGUUAGAGGGGAUAUUCACAAGGCGGAGUGGAUAUUGCCUUUCGUUGUUGGUAGACUGGGUCACUUGGGUCACUCCAUCACUGCCCACCCGAUCCGGUUCUUCCCACUGGGAGUUUGGUUUCUGACCACGCUCACCAUCAGUGCCUGUGUGUCCACCUCAGCGCCCGUCUUCCCACCUCGUAAACCUGUAGUUUCAGCCCAUCUCUGGCCAUCUGAUCAGUUGCUGUCUCUGUCAAUGGCUGGGCGCGGUGGAGGAGCAACCAGGCCAAAUGGUGCCACAGUAGCAAACAAAAUCUGCCAGUUCAAACUGGUGCUGCUGGGGGAGUCAGCUGUGGGCAAGUCCAGCUUAGUGCUGCGCUUUGUCAAAGGCCAGUUUCAUGAAUUCCAGGAGAGCACCAUUGGAGCUGCCUUCCUCACUCAGACUGUCUGCCUGGACGACACCACUGUGAAGUUUGAGAUCUGGGACACAGCAGGUCAGGAGCGCUACCACAGCCUGGCUCCAAUGUACUACAGAGGCGCUCAGGCGGCCAUCGUGGUCUACGAUAUUACCAACACAGACACUUUUGCACGAGCGAAAAACUGGGUGAAGGAGCUGCAGAGACAAGCCAGUCCCAACAUAGUGAUCGCUCUGGCUGGAAACAAGGCGGACAUUGCAAACAAGAGAGCUGUAGAGCUUCAGGAGGCACAAGCAUAUGCUGAUGACAACAAUCUACUCUUCAUGGAGACCUCAGCCAAGACUGCCAUGAAUGUCAAUGAAAUUUUCAUGGCUAUUGCCAAGAAGCUACCGAAGAACGAUCCUCAGGGCGGAUCUGGACCAGGGGGCCGGACCAGGACAGGAGUGGAUCUACAAGAAGCUGCUCCUCAGGGGCGCAGCAGCCAGUGCUGCGGCGGGUCCAAUUAGCAAGUACAACACAGUGAACUUAGUGAGCGAGCCCUGAACAUCGAUUUAAGGACAGCACGUAGCUAAAACCCAGAGAGGCAGGAGAGGGCAGAGCCACUCGCCACCCCUGCACUUAAACUGAGAUUACAGAUGAGAUUAUCUGGAUCCUCUUUGAUUUACGGAACAUUUGUUUUUUUUUUAAAGAAUCAUAAGCUAGAGGGAAUUCCCAAGAUCCCUCACUUCUCUUCUGUCUUUCCCCCGUGUAUCUAUCUACCUCCCUGCUCAUCUUCAGCCUCUGUCUCAGUUGAUUGAUUCUGUCUUAAAUCUUCUUCUUUUUUUUUUUUUGAAGGGUAAUGCUCAAUUCUUUUGCCAUUUUCCCUUUGUUUAAGUGUGUGUGUGUCUGUGUGUGUGUGUGUCUGUGUUAUGUAUGUGUAUGCAUUUAAUCCAUACACAUACAUGUGGCAGUUUACUUUUUUACUCUUGUCAUUUCCCUCUACAUUGAUCAUCAUUAUGAAAGAUACAAAUACCCAGCUGUUAAUGCUGUAAUUGCAAAUGACAGAGCAAUUAAUCUUAAGGAUUUUUGUCGUACUGCGAUUUAGAUUGCAGCAUUUUGUUGUUUCUAGGGACCUGGACAUGACGCAUCGAUACGAAAUAUUGUAGACUUUGCUUAUUGAAGCUGGUCAUGAUUAAUAGGCUACACAUCUGAAGAUGUUUCUGAACCGUGCAACAAAUGCAGUUGUUUGCAUUCAUUGUGUAUUGAUACCUGUAACACCAGAGAGUUGUUAGCCUUUUUUAAAAAAGAAAUGUGAAAAUAACUUGUAAAUCUAAAAAGUAAUAAAUAACAUGCAAGAUUCAUUUUGUUUUGAGUUGUGCAGUGGUAUGGUGUUGCAUUGGAGGACAUUUCCAGUGAUUAUUUGCAUUGGGUGUUUUUAUUUGCGGCCUCGUGGGUUUAAACCAUACUGGCCUGGUUUGGUGGCAAGACUUAUUGUAAAAGAAAAAAUGUGUGUUUACUCAAUCUGGCUGGCUCAAACAGUAAGAACAAGCUACUUUAAUUAGAUGUAUUGUUUUGCUAAAUACACAUUUGAUGAUCUAUAAUGUCCUUGUUUGCCAGCUGAUUUAGAGAUUCGUCCUGCCUGAACUCCAAGGAGCACCAAGGGGCUUUAACACAGUCUGAAGUUUGGUACAAGUAGACAGCAAGUUUCGACUGAAUACACUGAUCUGGAGCAAAGGCGUUUCUGUCCACUGUUUUAGCGCCAUUUUAUUCAUACAGCUUUGUUGCAUGAUGGAAACAAAAUAAGCAUGAUUAAAUGGGCAAAUGCUUAGAAGAGAUCCAUAAUAAAGUUAAUAAGAAAUGUCUGCGUCAGAUAUUUGGCCAAAUGUUCUGCAAUGCAAAGUAGAAAAGUCUAAAAUGUACAUUUGUGAGCCCCUGAAAUAAUCAGAAACCGCAUCAGUAAACAUUCCCAACCACUAGAUGGCAGCAUCAGGCUUGAAUCCAGUUUCAAAGAGACAUCUGGGUCCUCUUGAAUGGAUUUGUGACCGUUAAUUUAUAUGUGGUCAGUAUUUCCUACUAAUUAAGAAAGCAAAUUAGUUCUCUUGAAACAGUUAGUGGAUUAAACAAUUUGUGACUGAUGUAAAAUUAAUCUAUUUUGAUAACUGAUUUAACAUCAAAGUCAUAUGUCGAGCGAAAAUGUCAAACAGUGUUUGUGUGUAAUGCAGAGUAUUGUGGUAGAGCCUUUGGUUAAAAUAUUACCAUAUUUAAGUGAAGGAAAGGACAAACUCAGCCACGGUUUAAUGGCUUGAAGACAUUUUGUACACAGCCGUUGUUUGGAUUUGCAUGCAUAUCCAUAUGUGUGUAUGUGUGGAAGAGUACAGUGUGUAGAUUGGCUAUGCAAAAAGCCAUUACUGGCAAAGUGAGGAGAAAAAUGCUGGCAUGGUAAUCGUGUGCUUCACAUGUGCCCACCUGAUUAUUCUACAGCUUGUUUUAACGCAGCCUUUCUCUGGGUUAAUGCAGCAGCUCACUUUGUUGUGAUGAACAGUAGGUGACCUCUUAAUAGAGGUGCCUGAAACUCUUUGAGGUUUUAAGUCUGUUAGUUUAAGACUGUAUGAUAUGUUAAAUGGAAUCCAUGCAGCAGAGGCGCUCUGAGUCUGUUAAGAUUUCAGAAAUGUGUUUGUCGCUGUGGUCUGAGCGUUUGAGGAUGCAAACUGUCAAGUAGGGAAAAUUCUGUGACCAUAGAUUCACUCAUGUAGGUUUCUUUGGUGCACCUUGCUAAAACUAAUGCAGUCUUGGGCAAAAAUGCCAUACAUCAUCAUGCAUGAAGGUUAAAAUGUUCAAUUAUUGUUAAGAAUUGAUUCAGAUGUUGAUUCGAUUUAAUGGCCCUUUGGGAGGCUCAUGUUUGUGCUGCUGUCGUCUUGUGUUGUACACAAGUUAUGCAGUGGAUAAUGUUGAUUGUUUAGCACAAUAAAUGGUCAGUAGCAGUAUAGAGACGUGAUGUGAAACACUCUAUUUUAAAGCAAGAUGUUGGCCGAGUUUCCAUCCACAUUCAGCAAAACAUUUGAAACAAAUUUCCAGUAAAUCAGCAAAAGAAAAUGUAAAUUAGCGCGUGUUUCCUGCUUUCACGUGAAUAUUUGGCACUGGGCGUAUUGAGAAACAGUUAAUUCUCCAGUCAUCUUACUGACAAAGUCAGCUUCUUUGCGUUCUUUUUGACUUUUUUCAAAUUUCCUGUUCUUUUUCUCUUUCAUAAAUUGAAAAUGCACAUUAAAGCAGAUGGAUGGAAAGAAAAUAAAUGGCACUAAAAUGCAUAUUUCCUCAAUUCAACACACUCAGAGGUUUUGCUGAUACAACCUCUCUUGGUCUGGUAUGACCAGUAGCUCAUCACACUGGCUAAUGUUAGCUAAUAAAUUUAGACUUUUAAGCUGUGUUACUGAGUGUGUCCACUGAUUGGAUGACUCCCCUCUACUACUGCUACUGUUACACUGUGUUUUAGCAUUUACCAUUAUCUCGUAAUUGUCACUUGAGACCACAGUGAUUGCUGAUCAGUAAACGUUACACAGUCUCGCGUCAUGAAACACUUCCAUCGGAUAACAAAUUCCUCGUUAUGUGUCGCUCUGGGUGUGAAUUAUUUAUACAUUCACACCCAACUAGC